AUGAGUCGGGAGUCCGCCCAUAGACAGGGCUGCCGACCAGAUGCAGGUCCUGGCCUUAAUUACUCACACAACCAGUCGGGCCCUCGCUAUGGCGGAAGUCGGGAGGGCUUUGUCGACAGCCGUUGGCAAGGCGACAACGAUCCGUACCAGCAACAGCAGCAGCAGCAGCCGCCGCAAUACCUCAUCAACCCCGCCAUUGGUCAAUUAAUGCCCCUGCAUCGAGGUCCCGCGGACCGGGUCAGUUUUUGCGCGCUACCAUUCCUCUGAUUUGUGCACUUGCCACUCGUGCGAUUUUCACCUUUAUCAGACCCCUUUCCUACUUUUCUUCUCACCUAGACUUCACUCUUUUGAUGCCAUUUACGGUAGCUGGGCAAUCUAGUAGAAUGUUAACCGGUAAUGCUGAAAUGUGUUUUUGAUCAGGACGGAUUGCUUAGGUGCGGUUUUCAUACUGAUUAUCGCGUGUAGCAUAAUCGAACGAUACUGCAGUCACGCCAGGGUGUCGGUGUUUAAAUAAGCAUCUUUUCGACCGUCGGCAAAAUCCGCACUGUGAAACAUGACUACUUACAUUAUAGGCAUUUUUCCCGUCGAUUUUUGUUGCUCAUUCGGAUGCAAACAGAAGUUUGAAGAAGGUCUUACUUGAGACCAACGAGUCCACAUCCAAGCAAAAGAAGACGUUAACCAACCGUAGCACGUCCACGCUUCCAUCGGAGAUCGGUUUUGAUGUGAUUGCUGUCGAUCGUCUCGCUCAACUUCAGAGUGAACUUCAAGACCUGAGAGUCAGGCUUUUUGUCGACUGGCAAGACACAGCUACCUGUACUGCUGAUGACUACGGUGUAUGUUUCAAGGAAGUUGGGCUGCAAGCCACGUGUACUGACCCUGGAAGAUUGUCGAGUGACCUGGCCGCUUCUGUAAACCCCCACGUACGUUACGCGAUUUGUUUUCGCUCUCACUCUUGGCUCAACUUUUUAAACCUCGGACCUAGUUCACUAUUCAUACACACUGCCCACUUAUUUUAAAGGACCCCUGUUGUCCAGCGCCACGAUAGGCUAUCUGCAGUGCAGCUAAAAUAGAAGAGUGGUUGCUGCCACCAAUGGCGUCCAUGGGAUUUAAUACCAAGGUCACAUCAAGGAGGCAGUGCUCUUUGGCAGUCAGUAGCGACUACAUCCGACGCAUCCACCGUGCAAAACCCCACACCCGCUCCACCCGUCCGCGCCACCACCACCACCACCACCACCACCACCACCACCACCACCACCACCACCACCACCACCACCACCACCAUCACCACCUCCUCUGUAGGUGACACUGACACCGCCGAUUUCUCAUGCUCACACUGUCCACGCACAUUCACCUCACGCAUCGGCCUGGUCGGUCACUCGCGAAUCCAUCGCACAGAGACUGGAGAACCAGUGCCUGGAGCACCAACCUAUACUCACCAAGCUCGUCUCAACUGCCCACACUGCCCUCGCACCUUCAGGCAUCGCAUGGGCCUAUUCGGCCACAUGCGCAUCCACGAAGACCUGCGGCAGACAACCGCCGGCCAAACCACUCAUUCACUCACUCCCUACCACCACCACCAUCACCCCACCACACAUAAACACCCACACCUCAUGCACCCAACUGUCAUCUCCCACGCAAGUGCGAAGUGUGCAUCUCGACUCAGUCCUCAUGCGGCUUCGGCUGCAGGGGUCACUUGAGUCCGAGACUAUCCCGACACGUCAGGCGUCGUGGAUAGGAAGGUUGAUGAUUGACGCCCGCUCUCGGUUCACGCAGUUCGUCGCGUUGUGUGUGUGUGUGUGUGUUGUGUGUAGUGGCGGACUGGUGGGCUGGGCAACGAGCUGAAACAGCACUUUCCACGGCUCUCUCACGCCGUUCAACCCCCGUUGUGUGAAAUCCUGGUGUUUGUGUGUAUGGGGGGCCAGGUCGUGCUGUGGCGCACGCAAGCAUGGUCAGUCGACCGUGUCAGCCACCGCGCCUAUUUCCCCCUCCAGUCUGCUGACCGGCUCGGAUAGCGGCUGGGGUGUGGGGAUGGGAAGGGAGAGUGAGGUCGACGACUCAGCGCAUUUUCCUCACUAUAAACAAUCUGACGCGCUUGAAGCUAUCACGGUGCGCUAAAAGCCGUGGCUUGAAAGGUUGUCAACUGACGGGGUACCUUGGACCUCCUCCUUGACUGGAGACGGUCUGAGAGUCAGGCUGCAAUGGCUCCUUUUUAAUGUGGCCCUUAUGUCACUCCUACCACAGUGUGGGAUCCGAGCCAGGUGUUGGCGGCACGCCUAGGUGCGGCUUCGGCCGUGCCAGCCUCCAAAUCUCUGUUAUGUUGGUUGAAAUCCUGGUUAUUUGUUGUGUGGACCAGGGAGUGUGGUGGAACGCUAAGGUGAGGAUCCGUCCGAGCCAUCCACCUGCGGCCUCCCACGUCUCCGGUCUUCUUGACUCUGUCUUGACGCCGUGCUCAGGCGGGGGAGGAGGAGAGAGUGUAGGUAGAUGCAGCGAAAGUCUACUGGCACUAUAAAACCCUGCGCAAGUCACCGUUCCUGCUCCACAAUGCAGUCUGUGGGGCAUACGGUGGACAUCAUCGAAAUCGAUGGUCGAACUGUCAUAGAUGAGUCGGUUAACGUCUACCCGAUGGCCACUGUCAACCAAGUGAGUCACAACUGCGCUAGAAAUGGACUUUCUCCCAACUUGGUUUAGCCACGCAGAAUGGAUAGGGGCCCAGCUGUUCGAUCAAUUUAACCUGCCCCACAGAAAAAAAAUGAAGGCGUAGAUACACGCUGAAGAGUUCCGAUGGGCAGUCUAUUCCUACCUUCAAGGCGAAGAAGCGGAGUGCUUGUAAAAACAGGUCUUAUCUUAGCGGCUGGUUACGUGCGCGCGAUUGCAGCGUUUAAGCUAUGAUGUAGGAGUUAGCUCGGCGGAUCCUCUGAAAACGGCAGUGUGUGAAAUAACUCCUCCUCAGCUCUCGAACAAUCAGAUGUUGGAGGACAUUCUUCCAUACUGAAGCCAAAAAAGGCUAGAAGGAAAAUAUAUAACAGAAGACAGAUGGGAAAACAGAAAUCGAUAUAAAAAAGAUGUAAGCACAGAUUAAAAACAAAACCAAGGCACCGAACAACUACAAAAAACAAUAGUCUACAACACAAAAGGCACUAAGGAAAAAACUAAACGAAGAAAGGCAAAAUUCCGGACAGGCAGAAAGCACAGCCCGCCUCUUAGUACGGCAUUCCUAAUUAUGUAGAUGCGUCAAUCGCAGGGCAUAGAUCAUGAAGUAGGCAUUUAAUGUACCUGUCGGAGGACGGAAUGUUAGCUUUCCGUUUCUCUAGGUGGAAGCAGGCAUAGGCUCUGCCUCGGGCAGUUUACCUUUACUCAGACUGUAAUUGUCUGCAGACAGACAGCGAGAGAGAGCGAGAGAGAGAUGAGCGGGGUAUAGAUAUGAUAGUGGUGUGUUCACAUUAGGACCUGUGGGAUUAGUGUGCAGGCAGAGCAUUUUGGAAGGCAAGCAGCAAUCCUCAUGAUGGUUUCCCUGCAGUUUUGUACUUUGCAGAAAGCGUACCUUGACGGUCAAUCUACGUCUUCUUCUUUUGCUUCGACAUCGAGAGUCGUUCUUUAGUCUUUUAUUUUCUACUCACGUCUUUUUGUCGGUCAUCUUCUCCUGCUUUAUUUUUUUCUUUUUAUACCUCCGUAUCUAUUUCAAUAAUUAUCUGAUUUUUACUUAUUCUUCGAAAUUUCUCUUUUUUCCUUAUCUGACGAGUUUAUAUUCAGUCUGCUUUUUGAGCUUACUUCAUACCCUGUGAAUCAGCAUAGAGCGUUUCGCAUUCAGAUGACAUUUAGUGUGAAUCUGAAAGAUGACUCUGCGAUACUGUCCUAGACUUCUUUCUUUAUUGACUGAUCCCCAUAAUACUAGCUCACUUUUCUAUGAUCUCUACGGGAUAUUUGUAAUUCGGUGGUCUUCGGUCCUGGAAAAUAUGUUGCGCAUAACUAGUUGCAUCGUGCUGGCUAGUGCACUAGGAACAACUCGUCUUUGUUUGCGUGAACUCCCAUGAAGGUCUGAUUAAUCAGCAAACGUCUGACCUGACAAUUGAUGCCAACGUCCUUAACAUUGUCCUAGGCUUCAGGGACACAUACAUAAAAUCCAAUGACGCAGAUCUCGUAGACAAAUAAAGUGCCGAUCAGUUAAAAAGUCUCCCGCCUCUUCCCUGUGCAAUUUUUUUUCUGCGAUCAUGAAGUCAUAAGUGGUGAAACACUAGAUUUGGGUUCAUUCACACGUGGACAUUUAAGAGUGGAAAUGAGAACACCUUCCUCCAGCCAAGUCUCACUUGGUGACCCAGACGACGACAAGUAUACGGGCAAAGUAGUUUUCGGACUGAGAUUCAAACAGCAACGACGACGACGACGCUGUGGCUUGGAGAUGCGCUCAAUGUGAGUGUGCAAAUACUCAAAAGAUGGCACAAUUCCUACAAAAUCGACAAACACUCAUCUGUUGUAAUACAAGGGCAUCGUGGCGAUAUGCUUACGGUUAGGUAUAUGUCAGCUCGUGACUUUUUUCAAUUAUGUUGAAAGUACAUGCAGAUAACGCGGAAACAAUAGUCCGGAUUGACAUAGAAAUACUAGGAAGUAACGUCUAAUACUAGGCCGGAAACAACAUCCGUUUCCUACCGCUUCCGUAAGCUCAUACACAAGUGUUAAUGAAAGAACCUCAGAAAUGCCGAGCACAGUUAAAUGAACUGUGCAAAGGGUGAAUCUGAAACGUCAUGCCAAUAUAUUUCUUGUUCCAGAAAUCUUAUCUUCGUCUUCCAAAACGCAUACCUUUUUGUAGACUAUAAUGGGUUUGUUUCUCGCGCGUGGAGUGGUCUUCCAUUGAUCCUGGUUUGUAAAUUCAUGUUUUAGAAUAAAUUCCUGGUGGGAAGAUAACGCAUUCUAGAGUAAGCAGGUCUCAGACAAUUUUUUCAACAGCUGUGGAUGUGUCGAAUGCUACUUAGGCAGUACUUCGUACUGUGGUAAUUUGAGGUACAAUCAGUAAUCUACCUAACCAGAUGUGGCUGAAACAGAAUGAGAUGUCGAGGAUUAUUUGGCUUUCAGCAAAUGCCAUCAGUGAUAGAGGGACGCUCACCGAUCGUUCUUACGGAACUCACACUUUCCCUUGUGUCUUACAGGCCCUCUCUCGAGUCCUACCAAAAGCCGCACAGCCGCGCAUGGUAUAUUCGGAGUGCUAUAACCGACAAAGGCAAGGGUGCCCCCUGCUGAGGUGGUUGGUCCCCCAGCGUUAGCCCUGUAUAUGACCCAUAAUAUCAUUCUCUAUGGAAUCUCCCAGUGCAUCAAGGAAUUUGGGCAUUUUUGCAUCCAAAUCAAAACCCCUUUGUUACCUCAAUAUCAACUCUUUAGAAACGAAUGUUUCUACACUUACCUCUGAAGCGUAUAAAUGUCCUCUGCCACAGUCGGCGACGCCAAAAGAACCAAGGUUCGUGAGUCUACAGCCUUUUCAAUAGUCGCAUUUCACUGUUCCAGAAUUGAGACCCUUUUGAUGGAAAGAUACUGGAAACAAUCUAUUUUCCUCCGCUCACCAACGCAUAGGAGGUCCAAUAAAAGCGAACAGCAUUCCUGACCACGCCUACGAUCCACGCCAGAGAAACGCGUUUUAAUGCCGCAAUUUCUAAAUUUUAGCAGGAUAAAUCCGGUCGAUCUGUAUGUCUUGGAGGCACGUACACUGUUACUGCAUGACGUAGCUAGUAGAGGGCAUUGAUGAUAAUGAUGAUGAUGAUGAUGAUGAUGAUGAUGAUGAUGAUGAACGGUACAGCUAUCUUCUAGAUUAG